UGGCAACGAAAGCAUCCUCCGAACACCACCACCUGGGUGGACGCCAGUCAAAUCGCCUUGGUCGCUGAACGCGGAGUCGCAGCAUGGACAUUUGUAGAGGACGAAUUCACAGAGGACGCGGAGGAAGAAUGCAAUGUUGCCGUGAUUGAUCGCACUACAAUCGUCUUUGCUGACGGUCAAGGCUGCAUUCUCACCAAUCUUCCUAUUCCUCUACAAGAUUUCGUUUAUUGGGAAGUCAAGAUAUUGCAACUCACUGACCAAGACCAUUUGGCGAUCGGCUUGGCAACCAAACCUUAUCCAACGUGGUGUUUGCCAGGAUGUUACCGGCAUUCGGUCGCUUAUCACUCCCACACAGGCGCAGUGCAUGCCAGUAACCCAAAGACAGGUCGGCCGUAUGGUCCUUGCAUCCAGCAAGGUGAUGUGGUUGGUGUUGGUUUUCUUUCGCAGUUUGCUUGCGUGUUUUUCACGCACAACGGACAGAAUCUUGGCAAAGCAUUGAUUGGAUUCAAGUUUCCUGUUUAUCCAGCCAUAGGGGCUCGAGGAACAUGCCAAGUAUCAGUCAAUUUUGGCCAACAAGAUUUCCUUUAUGCGGCCGCCAAUCUACGCGAAGCUGCAUUUGCACCCAGACAAGACGCACUGCCGCCACCUCCCGCCUACGGUGGCCACAUUAGAGAUACCAUCCUU